CAGGGGGCGCCACGGAGUGAAGCUGGGACCACAAGAGAGAGAGGAGGCACCGCUGUUCGAGGCUCCGUCGGAACGAACGGAGCUUUGUUAGCCCUGUGCGAAGUGGAGGCAUUGCAGAGGCGAGAGGGGUGGGGUUGACGGAGGAGGAGGAGGCAGGAGCGGGCAAGAACGACAACGAGGAAGGAGGAAGACAUACCACCGACCUUUGCGAUCGCAACAAGCAUCAUCCCAUCAUCAUCAUCAGCCAAAGCAAUCGGGUCAGAGGGACCCCGACGCAGAAUCAUGGAUGACGUGCCGAGCGCGAUGAAGAUCUCGAUCUCGCUGAAGACACACCCGUCCGACGGCGCCGUCUUCUUCAAAGUGGACGGGCAGCGCUUCAAUCAGACGCGCACCAUCAAGCUCCUCAUCGGGGCCAAGUAUAAGGUGGCGGUGCUCAUCAAACCCGGCACCGUGAGGACGAGGGCGAUGCUGAUCGGCGACUGCGAGGUGCCGCUGGAGGAGGGCGCACGUGACCUCACACAGGUCACCUACGCCGGCUACUUCGACACGGCCGCCCUCACGGCCACCAAGAGCGGGGAGCGGCAACCCACGGCCGUCAGUAUCCGGCUGGAGGACAUCGGAACGUUCGAGGCCGUGUGGCAGUGCAAGUUCUACAACUACCCCAAGCGCGACCACUGCCAGUGGGGGAACAGCUUCGCGGCCAUCGAUUACGAGUGCAAGCCCAACGACACGCGCACCCUCCUCUGGGUCAACAAGGAGGUCUUCCGGUAGCCGUGGUGACGCCAGGGGCAGCGGUGGCGGCAGCGGCGGCCUGCACCAGCCCGGCACCUUCAUACGGUCACGAGCGUUCGGUGAUCCAAACGUCCAACGGUGGUUUUGUUGGAAAUUCAUUUGUGUUUGUUUUACAAGUUCGCUUUCGUCCACCUUCCAUUCCCCCCAGUCGAGAGAGUUCUGUGGCCCCAAUAUAGGAGCCAGAGAGCUUUGGCAAUUGUUGAUUCGAGCUCUUUUGAGAGCGCAGGCCCUUCCGCCAACGGUAGUUGCAGGGCCGCUCCUUUACCUUUUAAAUUUGCCCUUCCCCACAUAACCCCUGGUGCUGCGUUGUUGGUGAUCUUGCAAACAAGUAAUUCUGUAUGACGAGUGACACCUUUGCUUCACGUGUGGGGCACUCCAGGGGCGCGAUGGCUUUUACGCGGGGCACGGCACGUUCGGAACGUCGCCGCUUGACGAGCUGGGAACUCCGUCGGUCGUCAUCUGACCGUUUUACGAGGUAGGUUAGGUUGAUCCGACCGUUCUGCUUGCUUUCGCGAGAGUUUCCACGAAGUGAAAAACAAAACAAAACGAAGGGCUGCCUUGCGAGUGAGUAAUAUUGGAUAGCUCCCCGAUGUGUUUUCGAGUCGAUGCCGUGUGCUGUGCGACACGAUGUCUGACGUUUUGCUCCACGUGCCGGCAGCUGUUUCAGGAAUGGGAUUAAAGCUCGCGGGCAUGUGGAGCGGAACGCUGGACGUUGUGCCAAACAGCACGCGGUAUGACCCAACGAAAAAAGUAAACGGAGCGCCACACGGCACAGCCGUGGAAACCUAAGCUACAGUAUAAUUCGAAGUUUAUUUAAGCAACCGUCGAAAACAAAAACGGUCCCUCUUUAUAAAAAUAAGAUUUACGUGGCUAAACUGGUCAAUGUACAGACAUUUAUUAAAUCUUCUUCUUCCACGCGUUAGUCCCACUCGUGUGGGGUCCGCGGUCCCUGCCGACCUUCUCCACGCUGUCCUGUCCUGCUCUAUCUCUCUUUCCGUGUCUGAUCGCACCACAUCGCCCCCCCCCCCCCACCUCUUCUUCUGCCUUCCUCUUGAUCUCUUUUUUUCCACUUGAAUCAAUUGCACCUUCUGACCCACAUAAUUUCCCUGUAUCUCGAAAUUUCAAAUUUAUAGGUAACCAUAAUUUUUGGUCUUGUGAAUUCGAUUUUUUUUCUUCGUGAGAGGUGAUUGGGUUGGAUAACCAACAAAAAUCUUCUGGGAAAUAAUUCAAAUAAAAAAUCAACACAGAAAGGUGCCAUUUUCGCUAUUCAUAACUAAUCACGUUAAAUACACAAUAUAAUUAUCAUAAACAUUGGGCACAUUUAAUCAAAAGUACAAGUAGUGUAUGGGAUUAGUCCUUGGUAAAGAACUUUGUCUUCUGUAGAUUGUGUUUUGUUCCAGUAGAAAAAAACAAAAACUCUUUAUCCCGAAACAAUCUUAGUCCAAUGCAUGCACAAAAAAAAGUUACAAAAAUAAGACCAUUAAAAUAAUUUGCUGAGGCUUUUGGGCAAAGCAUCACGUCAUCGGUCGUGGCAUUGGUGUGAGGCCCUCACGGCUUGACUUACAGCCGUUCUGGCAGCUGAUUUUGACCAAUUGGAGUGCUCGUAUGGUGACGGUCGCUGGCGUUUUUAUUUUAAGUGGGAGCUGAUUGUGUUUUUCACGAAAAUGUGCCACACACAUACACACAACCAGCGGCCCAUCGUUUACAAACAACAACAACACAAGUUUGAACUUCAUGUCCUGCUUCCAAGGUUGGGUGAUGUGAGCUCAGAAUUAUUGAAGGGCCUUCACAAAAAGGGCCCCAAAAAUAUUCUUUAAAAAUAUUUUUCCUCAAAUGUAUUCCGAUUUGUGUUUUAACAAAAAAUAUGUUUCCUCAGUUUUACCCUGCUCGUGCUCACGAUUGUCACGUCAUGUGAUGAAGCAUCCACUCGGAUCUGUCGCACGGGAGUGCGACCCUCCAUGUCAGACACAUUAUUUGGUGACGCUGUUGCUGCUGCGUUGCCAGUGGCGCAACAAUUAACAACAAAAACACAUUCAUGAGAAAAAGGGCCAUUGCCUGAAAUGUUACCUAUCGUAUGUAUUUUUUUUUCUUUUAAGCCAUUGUCAUUUACAAAUGUGUUGGGUCUCUGUGUUAGAGAAUGGCCCGAGGAAAUGGAUAUCACAGAAAUACUUCUGAGAUCCCUUCCAGUGACUGAUGGUGCACACAGUCGUGUGGGUGGUGGGGGGGGGGGGGUGGCAGCACUUUCUCACCCACCCUACUUCAGCAAUGUUUGUAACAUGACAGUCACAGAUUUGAAGCUUUCGUGACUCCGAGGAUUCAUACUCGUUGGUUUUUUCGGUACAGUCACGUAGGUAAAAAAUCUAUAAAAUAGAAUAAAUGAAAACCACUAAAUUAAAUCACGACGUUUCGGAGGCAACACAAGCUUAUUUUUGUACACCUGAUGAAGGAAGCUUGUGUUGCCUCCGAAACGUUGUGAUUUAAUUGAGUGAUUUUCGUUUAUUUUAUUUGAUUGAUUGUUUUACCUACGUGACUUUGCCGAAAAAGCCAAAGAUUAUGACAGUCACAAUUGUAUAUUCAAUUCUUAGUGGGAAUUAAGGCAAAUUAAUUGCAUCCCUAAAUUUAUUGAUGCUUUUUUUUUAUUCCAGUUCAUAGUGACCAGGUUGAGACAACUCAAUACACUUGAGAACCCGGUUUAAUCAGACGCGGAUGCUUCGAUCUCACAGCAGGAUCUCAAUUGUGUGAGCUUGGUAGUCUGGCCAAAGGUUUUAAAACAAUCUUCCACAAGGUGUGGCCAAAUAAUUUUGCAACCACUUUCAAAUGAGCUCUCCUGGCCAUAAAGUGAUAAUUUUCAAAACCUUGUUUAAAUGUGUGUACAGCACUCCUAAAUAUUUUUUCUUUUAUCAAUAAGCUAUUUAGUUCAUGCGAAUGUUUACUGUGAGCCUGACCUCUCAAACUUCCAAUCCUGGGUUUACCCAUAGUGCAAGUUUACCAGAUGCGACGAUGAAUUGUCACGAUUGAAAAGCUCAAGAAUCGAUAGAUUUUUGUUUUAUAUUGCAGUGAAUGUGGCGGCCUCUAGUGGCUGCAGGAGGUCACCUGGACGCAUUGCAUCCAACAUAACAGCACUGUCAUCAUCAUCGUCAGCAAAUUGCUAGCCACUGCUGGAUCGAGGCAACCCUUCGCUAUCGCCAUCACUCAGUCCUGCGGGCCCCCCACGAUCCUUCCCAGUCCUGCACGUGAGACGAUCUCAUCAAUCCAUCUUCUGAAAAAAAACCGAAAUGGAGCAAGAGAAGCAUAGAGCGAUGCAUGUUGUGAAUUAUGUUUAAAGAUGGAGAGAGGAAUACGUGGAUUCGAGAACGCACGCAGGAUAUUUACAUCACCUAAAGCUGCUUAGAAAAGUAAGUGGGCUCAGGCAGCAAACGUUGUUAGA